CGCUGCUGCUGCUGCUGCUGCUGAUCUGCUUUACCUUUGGAAAUGGACUUCACUUAGAGGUCUUAAACACAAGAAGCGAAAGCAAGCUGCUUCCCAAGCACACUCACCUGGUUCGGCAGAAGCGAGCCUGGAUCACUGCCCCGGUGGCUCUUCGGGAGGGAGAGGAUCUGUCCAGGAAGAACCCCAUUGCCAAGAUACAUUCUGAUCUGGCAGAAGAAAGAGGAGUGAAAAUCACAUACAAAUACACUGGGACAGGGAUUACAGAGCCUCCUUUUGGUGUAUUUGUCUUUAAUAAAGACACUGGAGAUUUGAAUGUUACCAGCAUUCUUGAUCGGGAAGAAACACCAUUUUUUCUGCUCACAGGUUACGCUAUGGAUUCAAGAGGAAACAAUCUGGAAAAGCCGUUAGAACUGCGCAUUAAGGUUCUAGAUAUCAACGACAAUGAGCCUGUGUUCACGGAGGAAGUCUUUGUUGGAUCCAUUGAAGAACUGAGUGCUGCACAUACACUUGUGAUGAAAAUCACAGCAACAGAUGCAGAUGAGCCCAACACUAUGAAUUCUAAAAUUUCCUACAGAAUUGUCUCUCAGGAGCCUGCAUAUCCUCCAGUGUUCUAUCUAAAUAAAGAUACAGGAGAGAUUUAUACAACCAGUAUUACCUUGGACAGAGAGGAACACAGCAGCUAUUCUUUAACCGUGGAAGCAAGAGAUGGCGAUGGACAAAUAACAGACAAACCAGUACACCAAGCCCAAGUUCAGAUUCGUAUCCUGGAUGUCAAUGACAAUAUACCUGUAGUGGCAAAUGACGCGUACGAAGGGACGGUUGAAGAAAACCAAGUCAAUGUAGAAGUUAUGCGCAUAAAAGUGACGGAUGCAGAUGAAGUAGGCUCUGAUAAUUGGCUGGCGAAUUUUACGUUCGCAUCAGGAAAUGAAGGGGGUUAUUUCCACAUAGAAACUGAUGCUCAAACUAAUGAGGGGAUUGUGACCCUCGUUAAGGAAGUAGAUUAUGAAACCAUGAAGAAUCUUGACUUCAGUAUUAUUGUCACUAAUAAAGCAGCUUUUCACAAAUCAAUUAGGAAUAAGUAUAAACCUACACCCGUUCCUAUCAAAGUAAAGGUGAAAAAUGUGAAAGAAGGCAUUCAUUUCAAAAGCAGCACAAUUUCAGUUCGUGCUAGCGAAGGAAUGGAUCUGUCAAGCCAAGGCCUAUCAAUUGCAAAAUUUCAAGUUUUUGAUGAAGACACUGGACAACCUGCUGAUGUAAAGUAUGUAAAGUUGGAAGACAGAGACAGUUGGGUCUCUGUGAAUUCAGUCACGUCAGAAAUUAAACUUGUAAAAAUUCCUGACUUUGAAUCGAGAUAUGUCCAAAAUGGUACAUACACUGUAAAAAUUCUGGCUAUAUCACAAGAUCAUCCUAGCAAAACCAUCACUGGCACUGUGCUUAUCACAGUUGAAGACAUCAAUGACAAUUGUCCCACACUGGUGAACCCCGUUCAGAAUGUCUGUGAAGAUGCACCAUACGUGAACGUUACGGCGGAGGACCUCGAUGGGUACCCCAACAGCUGGCCUUUCAGCUUCUCGGUCAUUGAUACACCGCCUGGAACAGCAGAAAAAUGGAAAAUAAUACGCCAAGAAAGUACCAGUGUGCUGCUGCAGCAGAGUGAACCCAAGCUCGGGAGAAGCGAAGUUCCGCUCCUGAUUUCGGACAACCAGGGCUUCAGCUGCCCGGAGAAGCAGGCCCUGCAGCUGACGGUGUGCGAGUGUCUGCACGGCAGCGGCUGUGUGGGUGCGCGGCACGACUCCCACGUGGGCCUGGGGCCCGCGGCGGUGGCACUCAUGAUCUUGGCCCUUCUGCUCUUGCUCCUUGUGCCGCUUCUGCUGCUGCUGUGUCAUUGUGGAGAGGGCGCCAAAGGCUUCACCCCCAUCCCCGGCACCAUAGAGAUGCUGCAUCCUUGGAACAAUGAAGGGGCGCCACCUGAGGACAAGGUGGUACCAUCGCUGCUGGCCGUGGAUCACGCGGAGAAUCUAGCAGUAAGAAACGGAGUGGGAGGUGCGAUAACCAAGGAGGCCACCAUGAAAGGAGGCAGCUCUGCUUCCUUUUCCAAAGUGCAGCAUGACCUGAACGAAAUGGAUGGGAGAUGGGAAGAACACAGCAGCCUCCUCUCCAGCAGGGCCGCUCACAUGACCGGGACAACAGGAGCCGAGACUGCGCGGACCGUAAGAGCUGUGGGGGCUUCCCGAGAGGCUGCCGCAGCCCGAGCCACUGCUGCUGGUGCGGUCAGCGAGGAGUUCUUAAGGAAUUAUUUCACUGAUAAGGCGGCCUCCUACACCGAGGAAGACGACAUUCACAUGGCCCGAGACUGCCUUCUGGUUUACUCCCAGGAAGAAGCAGAAUCUCUUCACGGGUCGGUUGGCUGCUGCAGCUUUAUUGAAGGAGAGCUGGACGACCGAUUCUUAGAUGAUUUGGGACUUAAAUUCAAGACACUAGCUGAGGUUUGCUUGGGUCAAAAAAUAGAUGUGGAUUCGGAAAUAGAGCAGAGGCGAAAGCCUGUCAAAGAAACAAAGCUGAACACAGCUGCACGGUCACUCUAUGAGCAAGCCACAGUUAAUGCAGAGAAUGCCUACUCCUCUGACAGCAGCUUUCCAGUUCCCAAACCUUUGCAUGGAGCCAGUGCAGAGGUGGUCACUCAGGAAGUAGUCACCGAGACAUCGGUAUCUUCCAGGCAGGGUCAGAAGGCGGCACCGCCUCCUCCUGACCCACGGGCUUCCAGUAAUAUCAUAAUGACAGAAACGUCCUACACCACAGGCUCUGCUGUACCCCCGAGCACUGUGAUCCUGGGUCCCAGCCAGCCCCAGAGCCUUAUCGUGACAGAGAGGGUGUAUGCGCCGGCUUCCACCUUGGUAGAUCAGCACUACGCUGGGGAGGGUAAUGUCGUGGUCACCGAAAGAGUACUCCAGCCUAACGGGGGCGUGCCUCAUCCUCUGCAAGGCACACAGCAUCUGCAAGAGGCGCAGUACGUGAUGGUGAGGGAAAGAGAAAGCGUCCUUGCACCCAGCUCCAGCGGGCAGCCUGUCCUGGCCAUGCCCAGUGUGGCAGUAGGACAGAACGUGACAGUGACGGAAAGGGUGCUGGCCCCUGCUACUUCUCUGGAAUCCAGAUACCAGAAUGCCUCCGAAGCCUCAGAGAAGGCUGGAAAGGCCACGGUUUCUGGGGCUGGAGUCCCUGGCACGCUGCCAUAUUCUGGUUUGGAAGGAUCUGGCCAUUCAAAUUCUACCAUUACCACAUCCUCCACCAGGGUCACCAAGCACAGUACCGUGCAGCACUCUUACGCCUAAGCGGCAGCCAGCCACAGACAUACCCAGAGUCUAACUAGCAGUGACUGCAGGCGCGUUUUCCAUCUGCCCGGCUCUUCACGAGCCUCCCAGACAUGCAGAGGUGCAUAUGCCUUGAGCUUAAAUGUUCUCAGUCACCGAUACUCUAAGGUCCGCACUUCCUGCUGCUGGGAGUGUAUUUCAGAAACGCCUCAUGUAUCACAGUGGGCAUACUGAUGAUACUGUUUAGUGCCUUUUAGUGAGCUGUGCAAACAAUAUUCACAGCAGAAUAGAAUAAGUCUGUCUUCUGAGAAUUUACCAAAUAAACACACCACCGUGCAGGAGAAAACCUGGGGAUAUGAUUGGGUCUCUUUGUGAAUUGUGUUAAUAUUUCACAGUGACGUUCUAUAUUUUGUACAUUACUGCACCUAGCAGAUUGUCAACAGCUCCUUUAUCCAAAGAUCUACCUACAGUCUGGGGUACCAGUUUUGUUGUUGGUUUUCUUCAAGACUGGACCUUUUUAAUUUGUGUAAAGUUGAUUAAACUUUUGAGUGCUGGGAUAGUAAGAACAUACAUGUUUCUGUGCGUGUGACGUGUACAUAAUGGCAUACGCUUUUAAAAAUGCCAUUGUGUUUUCUUGUCCGUAUCAUGAAAAUUUUGAAUACUUCAAAUUUAACUGAAUAAUCCCACACAAAAUUUGUAAAUAUAAUACAGUUCUACUUACAAUGGUGAUAUCCACAGGAGAAUAGAAACCUCAGGCUGUUCUUAAUAGCUACAACUUAGUACAGCUAAAUUCACCAGCCAUGUUCUUCUCUAUGGUGGAACGAUACCUGUUUCACUGCUUUAUAUGCUCAGUGACUCACAGAGCUGCUAAAGAAAUAUUUGUGGAAUUAAACUGAAUUUUACAAACCAUUAUGUACAAUUGCCAAAAAAAUCAAAACACUAUUUUUCUAUAAUUAUGAGUUUCAAAUGAUGAUUUUUUUUUUUUUUUCAAAUGAUGAUUUUACUUUGAUGUCUCGAAGGCUUUGACUAGCUGGUCGUGACUUAGUACAUACAUAGUAAAUAUCAUAUAAACCUAAAAUAUUUGACCUGAUUUUACACAGUGUCCUUGCCUUGUUUUU